AUGCUGCGGUUCCUGCGCCGGACCUUUGGCCGCCGCUCCAUGCAGCGCUACGCGCGGGGCGCGGCGGGGCGCGGGGCCGCCGGGCUGGGGGACGAGCGCGACGGGGGCCCGCGGGGGGGCCCGGCCGCCGCCGCCGCCUCCUCCACGCUGCCCGCCGCGCCGGGGGGGAGCGUGUUCCCGGCGGGCGGCGGGCCCCUGCUCACGGGCGGCGCGGCCGUGCACAUCUCCGCCGCCGGCGCCGCCAGGGCCACCCUGUACUGCCGCGUCUUCCUGCUCGACGGGACCGAAGUGAGCGUGGACCUGCCGAAACAUGCCAAAGGCCAGGAUCUUUUCGAUCAGAUCGUGUACCACUUGGACCUCGUGGAAACCGAUUACUUCGGCCUCCAGUUCCUUGACUCUUCCCAGGUCGCUCACUGGCUGGAUCAUUCCAAACCCAUAAAAAAGCAGAUGAAAAUCGGACCUGCUUAUGCUUUGCACUUUCGAGUUAAAUAUUAUUCUUCAGAACCGAACAACCUUCGCGAAGAGUUUACAAGGUACCUGUUUGUUUUACAACUCAGGCAUGACAUUCUUUCAGGAAAAUUGAAAUGCCCCUAUGAAACGGCUGUGGAAUUAGCUGCUCUCUGUCUACAAGCGGAGCUGGGGGAGUGCGAGCUUCCAGAACACACGCCAGAGCUUGUGUCUGAGUUUCGGUUCAUUCCAAAUCAGACAGAAGCGAUGGAAUUUGAUAUCUUCCAGAGAUGGAAAGAGUGCAGGGGAAAGAGCCCUGCCCAGGCGGAACUGUCCUAUCUGAAUAAAGCGAAGUGGCUGGAAAUGUAUGGGGUAGACAUGCACGUUGUCAGGGGAAGAGAUGGCUGUGAAUAUUCUCUUGGACUGACCCCGACAGGCAUAUUAAUCUUUGAAGGAGCUAACAAAAUAGGCUUAUUCUUUUGGCCUAAAAUUACCAAAAUGGAUUUUAAAAAGAGCAAAUUGACACUGGUGGUGGUGGAGGACGAUGAUCAGGGGCGGGAGCAGGAGCACACGUUUGUAUUCCGGCUGGACAGCGCCAGAACCUGCAAGCACCUCUGGAAAUGUGCGGUUGAACAUCACGCCUUCUUCCGACUGCGGACGCCGGGAAAUAGCAAAUCGAACAGAUCAGACUUUAUCCGCCUGGGGUCUCGCUUCAGAUUCAGUGGGCGGACAGAGUAUCAGGCCACGCAUGGCGCCAGGUUACGAAGAACCAGCACCUUUGAGCGGAAGCCUAGUAAACGCUAUCCAUCCCGGAGACACUCGACAUUCAAAGCAAGCAACCCGGUGAUAGCGGCUCAGUUCUGCUCUAAAACAAAUCCCGAAGUCCAUAAUUACCAGCCUCAGUACCAUCCCAAUAUCCACCCCAGCCAGCCCCGGUGGCACCCUCACUCUCCAAAUGUAAGGCCAUGCUUUCAGGAUGACAGGCCGCACUGGGAAACGUCAGCCAGUGGAGGUGACAGCCAUUUCGAUUAUGUCCACGACCAGAACCAGAAGAACUUAGGAGGAAUGCAAAGUAUGGUGUAUCGAGAUAAACUCAUGACCGCACUUUGAGAGACUGAAGCACCUUACCUCCAUUCACCAUCGUAGUAUCAUUACAUCCCAUGAGAAGUGUCUUGGCAUCACAGAGAUGUGUUUGCAAAGUGUCUUUAAGGAAUAGUUCUGAAAGAUGUUCCUGGCGUCCGUGUAAAUAUUAGCAAACAACCGCAAUCACUAGUCAUGAUUUCCUGUUGACCGCAGUCUCAAUAAAAUGAAGGUAGUUAAAGGCUCAGGAAUCAUUUUAACAUUCUGAUUUUGAAAAUUGGAGUAAAAGUCUGUUUAUCGUAUGGCUGUACGUGAUAUUUCUUUGUUAUUUAAUGAACGGGACUAACUAAAACCAGAAAAACGUAGGAAGAUAGGUCUGCGUUGAGGACAAGACAAUCCUGGGGUGAGGAAGAGGCUUCCGGGGCCCAGCCCCUGCCACUGCGAGAUUGUGGACAAGCCUUUCUCCUCUGUUGGCCUCCUUUUCCCCCCAUCCGAAAAGACUGGGUUGGACUGAGUGAUCGCCAAACUCCUUCCAGCUCUACAAAUCUGUGAUCUGUGAAAAGUUAAUAUUUUAAGUCUGAGGAUCUAACAUUCAAGCAAAAUCUCUCCUAGGAAAACUGCAAAAUUCCCUCCUCUCACAGAGAGUUGCCCCUUUCAGAAACUGAAUAAAGUAUGUAACUGCUUAGGUGUGACAUACAUACAGGGAGGCUUUGAGUUUCCUGUCUUAAAGCAGUUUAGCCACUUUGAAUCUUAGCAGUUUUACUAAUCACAAAUGCAUAGCGUCCAUUUUAAUAGAAUUUGCUGCUCAAGUACAAGAAUAAUUUUUUUAAAUUAUUGAUUGGUGCUGCUAACUUGCAUGAUUUCAGAAGACAUAAUUAUGAAUACACACUGUCAGGAUUUAUAGAAUUUGAGGCUUGGUUUUCACCCUGGACUUCAUUCUUUUAAAAAGCAACAUGCAAUCCAAGAUCCAUUUGUGGCUCACAUUAAAGUGUCUAGGAUUUUAAUGAAGUUGUGCCAAAGCAUCCUAUAGAAUAGGAUGGGAUGGGUGUUGCGCAGUCAUUUUGUAGUUCCAGCUAGCAAUGUGUUGUCUCUUAGGGUAGAUCUUGUACCGAAAUAUUUAUUUCCCCCCACCUCAAGCCACAAAUCAAACAUUUUUUUUCCUCUUGAUCGACUUGAGAUAUCUUUCAUUAGUCUUUUUUGCGAAAACAAUUCGUAAACGCCAUUUUAACACGUGUAAUUGUAAGUAGGCCCAUUUUAAGCCUUUUUUUUAAAAAAAUGUGUUGACAUCUCUUGAGAUAUUUUAUUGCUAAAAUCUGGUCUAUUUUUGGUUGCCACAAGAAUCUGUCCAGAAGGAGGGACUCAGCUACACGCCCCGCACAGUGGAGUCAAUCACCUACCAAACCCUCCCUGAGAUAUCUGUUUACAGGUGUAUUCCGUUUUAGCAGCUGUUUUGAUCCUCAGUGUCUGUGCUGCCUACAAAUAAAUGUGUUCAGAAUCUUUUAAUCUUAUUGAUACAUUUUUACAAAUGUGUUUCCAAGGAAUAAAGAUUAUUCUGGCUUUU